AUGCCUCCUGCUCUUAGCGAUCACGGGUCCUCGGACGCCGAAGACGUCCCCGCGCAGCCAAGAAAGGGAAAGGGAAAGCAGCCGGUGCAGGAGGAUCCCAUAGACGACGAAGAGGACGAGGAUGACAGUGAGGUGGGAGAGGACGAGUACGCGCGAAAUCAUAUACACAUGGAUCGCAUCGGCGUCCUCCAAUUCGACGUGAAAUGGGAAGGCUACGACGACCCCAAGGACCGGACAUGGGAGGCAGAGGAGAACAUGGAGGGAGCUAUUGAUGUGCUGAACGAGUACUUUAAGAAGAUCGGAGGCCGACCAGAACCCAAGGGCCAGAAGCGGAAGGGACGACCAUCGACCGCCGGCAUCAAAUCCGAGUCUGGCACCCCGUCAUCCUCCACGAAGCGCGCCAAGGCAGACAAGCCAGAGAAGAAAGUGGCAGAAUGGAGCCCACCGCCAGGCUCAUGGGAACACGACGUCGACCACAUCGACACGGUGGAGCAAACGAAGGACCCCAAGACGGGCCAACUGGAGAAGUUUGCAUACCUGGUGUGGACGAAUAAGCAAAAGACACAGCACCCUCUCAAGCACGUCUACCAAAAGUGUCCACAAAAGAUGCUCGAAUACUACGAAAGCCACCUAGUCUUCACCGAGAACGUGGACGAGCCUCUAAACGGUGACGACACCAACGACACAGUGAUGAACGACGACUAA